AUGGGGAAUGCCCCUUCGAAAACCCCCGGCGCAACGGCCGGAGCAGACAAGAAAGUGAACCGCCGGACCUCUAUACAAGCGUUGUCGGGUUCAAAGGCGCCAGCGGCAGACCCGUCACACUCGAGAGAGAGCGCUACCGGACACCAUGCUGCUCUAAAACAGCAAACUCCCGUUCACCAGCGGCUUCAGUCACGGACUGUUGAGACACCCAUGGGUAGCGGUGGCGGGGAGAGACUGGAACGUCAUAAUUCAAGAAAGCAUCGUGAGGGCGACCAGUAUGAUCUUCCGAUUCAAUCCAGGGGAUCACAAGCCGUUCACCCGCCCCAGGCUGUGCAGGUACCUGACAAUGUCGCUGCAUAUCGGGAUCAGGGUGAAGCCUCGACUCCGAGGCCUGUCAACAUAUACUAUGCUAACCCCUCGAACCUCACACGCCCACCAAGACUACCCCUACCUAUCGGAGAUGCUAUGACUGCACCCGGCUCCCCGAUUACAAGUGGCUCGCUAGGUGCAGCCAUGGCAUUCGACAAGGCCAAUCUGGAGGUGUCGUCCGAGAAGUCAGAGCUGGAUCCUGCGAUUGAUGAAGACGACGUUGUCCAAGACGAACUAGACUCCAUUGUCCCAACGGGGUUUAACAAGUCUGUUCCCACAACUAUCGACUGGAGAGGUGGCGGCGAGAAAGUUUAUGUGACUGGUACAUUUGUGAACUGGGCAAGGAAGUUCAAAUUACACAAAAGUGAUAUUGAAAGUGGACUUUUUACCACGGUGCUUCAGCUGCGACCUGGCACGCAUCAUCUAAAGUUUAUAGUAGAUGGAACUAUGAGGACGUCGGAUCAACUACCUACAGCAGUUGACUUUACCAAUCAUUUAGUUAACUACAUUGAAAUAAGCGCUGAUGAAAUUGAGCGGCCGCGGAGAGAAAGCGAUAAGCCACCUAAAGUCAUAAUACCACCCGAAAUAUUUCCUCCCAAAGUCCUCCCAGAAUCCUUACCUAUUGACACCACCGAAUCGCCUGAAGAAUCUGAUAAGGAGGAACCAGAGGAAGAAAUCCCAAUGGGAGACUUCCGUAAUAUUAUCCCUCAAUUUUUGGUGGAUAUUGAUCGCAAUGAAGAUGGCCAGGGGUAUCAUCAGGCUGCCAAUGUCAUCCGGGAUUCACGAGCUCCGCCCAUGUUACCCCUGUUCCUGGCUCGGUCGAUAUUAAAUAGCACAACACCCAUGAAGGAUGAUAACAGUGUGCUUAAUUAUCCCAAUCACACGGUUUUAAACCACCUGGCAACCAGCAGCAUCAAGAAUGGAGUCCUGGCGACCAGUGUUACGACUAGAUAUAAACGAAAAGUACGACCUUCCUUUAAUGCCCAUGCUCCUACACGUCGUUUUCGGUCCUACUAG